AAUACUUUUCCAUAUUAGUCUAUUACGUAGUCUCACACUGAACAGAGGCAAUUCCUGCUAGAUAAAACUAAAAAAUAAUAAAAAACACAAAAAAAACACCCCUCUUUUAGUACACAAAAGUUUGUUGAACAAAAUUAACUAAAAUACUUGAACAAUGUCCUUAAAAUCUUUGAUCAUUUCUUCUUUGUGCACGGCCACAGCCAUUUGUCUGGGCUAUUGUAUCUACUUUGAUCGCAAGCGGCGCAAUGAUCCCGAAUACAAAUCCAAGGUGCAUAGACGUAGGGCACGUGAACAACUGGAGCAAAUGGAGCUACACAGACAAGGCAACUACUCACAGCAGCAUCAGCAGCAGGAUUUGCCGCCGCAUCACGAAUAUGUCAUCCGUUCGGGCACACUGCCCGAUGUGACCGAUCAUGCAGCCCUGGAGCGUUACUUCUUAAAUGAAAUCAAGCUGGGCGAUCAUCUGAUUAGCCAGGGACACAUGGAUGAGGGUCUGGGUCAUCUGGCCAAUGCCAUAGUGGUCUGCGCUCAACCUGAUGCCCUCAUACAAAUGUUGCAGAGCACAUUGCCAGCAAAAAUCUUUCGUCCAUUGAUGCAGAAGUUGCAAGAAGCUCAGUUACAGACGCGUGCCAGCAUUCCAUCAUCGUCAUCGGCGUUCAUCGAAUCUCAUCAGAUGAAUGCAACAGCAGCGGACUAAGCAGCCAAAGAAAUCUGAUUCGUUAAAUAAUAAAAAGAAAUUGCGUUUAAUCAAUUAA